CAAGAAGAGUCUUAAAACAUUAAAUUUGACUAGACAAAUAAAUCAGAGGCUAAUCUAAGAGAAAUACAAAAGUAAUCACUCUGAAAACAGAAGAGUGGACACAACACCAGUCUCUUAUUCGUACGCAUGAUAUUACCUGCUUUUCUUUCUCUACUAAUCUCUAUAUAAACCUCAUCUCAGCUUAACCUUUCGUCUUCGAUUCACAAGAGAGAGAGACCACCAAAAAGAUAUGUCUUCUCCUUCGUUUCUCUCCUCCUCCACUGCUUUCUUAUUCCUCGUUCUCCUCUCCCUGGGUUCCUGCCACGUGUCCCAUGGAGCUCAACAAGCAAAAACAUACAUCGUUCACAUGGCCAAAUCCCAGAUGCCAUCAAGCUACGACCUCCACUCUCUCUGGUACGACUCCUCUCUCAGAUCCGUCUCGGAAUCUGCUCAACUCCUCUACACCUACACCAACGCCAUCCACGGAUUCUCCACCCGCCUAACUCCCGAGGAAGCCGACUCGCUCAUGACUCAGCCAGGUGUCAUUUCCGUUCUACCUGAGCACCGCUACGAGCUACACACCACUCGCUCCCCACUCUUCCUAGGCCUCGACGAACACACCGCAGAUCUCUUCCCCGAAACCGGCGCGUCCAGCGACGUCGUCGUCGGAGUUCUGGACACCGGAGUUUGGCCGGAGAGCAAAAGCUUCUCCGACAAAGGAUUUGGCCCGAUCCCAUCCACCUGGAAAGGCGGAUGCGAGACCGGGACUAACUUCACGGCUUCCCUAUGUAACCGUAAACUAAUCGGAGCUAGAUUCUUCGCGCGGGGAUACGAAGCAACCAUGGGACCAGUGGACGAAUCCAAAGAAUCAAGAUCUCCCAGAGACGACGACGGUCACGGAACACACACCUCAUCAACCGCAGCUGGAUCCUUCGUACAAGAAGCUAGUCUACUAGGCUUCGCUAACGGCACAGCGCGUGGGAUGAAUCCACGCGCUCGUGUAGCCGUUUACAAAGUCUGUUGGUUAGGUGGUUGUUUCAGCUCGGAUAUUUUAGCUGCUAUUGAUCAAGCUAUAGAAGAUAACGUUAACGUUUUAUCCAUGUCUCUCGGAGGUGGAAUGUCUGAUUACUAUAGAGACGGUGUUGCUAUUGGAGCGUUCGCAGCCAUGGAAAAAGGUAUAUUCGUUUCGUGCUCUGCUGGUAACGCUGGUCCGACCUCUUUCAGUUUAUCUAACGUAGCUCCGUGGAUCACCACGGUUGGUGCUGGUACGUUGGAUCGUGAUUUUCCCGCGCUUGCGAUUCUUGGUAACGGGAAGAAUUUUUCGGGUGUUUCGUUGUUUAAAGGAGAUGCACUCCCGCCCGGUAAGUUGUUACCGUUUAUUUACGCGGGGAAUGCUAGUAACGCUACUAAUGGGAAUCUAUGUAUGACGGGGACUUUGAUUCCGGAGAAAGUGAAAGGGAAGAUAGUUAUGUGCGAUAGAGGAGUGAACGCUAGAGUUCAGAAAGGUGAUGUGGUGAAAGCUGCAGGUGGAGUUGGUAUGAUUCUAGCGAAUACAGCUGCGAAUGGCGAAGAGCUUGUUGCUGAUGCUCAUAUGUUACCUGCGACUACAGUAGGAGAAAAAGCUGGUGAUAUCAUCAGGCACUACGUUUUAACUGAUCCGAAUCCAACGGCUUCGGUUUUGAUCCAAGGAACUGUGGUUAACGUCCAACCGUCUCCGGUUGUUGCGGCGUUUAGCUCGCGAGGACCUAAUUCGAUUACUCCCAACAUUCUCAAACCGGAUUUGAUCGCUCCCGGAGUUAACAUCCUCGCCGCAUGGACCAGUGCUGCUGGACCUACCGGACUUCCUUCCGAUCCUCGCCGCGUGGAGUUCAACAUUAUCUCCGGGACGUCGAUGUCGUGCCCUCACGUGAGCGGUUUAGCUGCUCUUCUCAAGUCUGCGCAUCCCGAAUGGAGCCCCGCGGCGAUCAGAUCAGCGCUCAUGACCACCGCGUACAGAUCAUACAAAGACGGUAAACCUAUCCUUGAUAUCGCGACGGGGAAGCCUUCGACGCCGUUUGAUCACGGUGCUGGAUACGUGUCACCUACGAUCGCUACUAAUCCUGGACUUAUCUACGAUCUAACGACUGUGGAUUACUUAGGUUUCCUCUGCGCAUUGAACUAUACACCAUCGCAGAUCAGAAGCGUUUCGAGACGCAACUUCACUUGCGAUUCCACCAAAACUUACUCCAUCGCUGAUUUAAACUAUCCGUCUUUCGCCGUUAACGUUGACGGAUCAGGAGCGUAUAAGUACACGCGCACUGUCACGAGCGUUGGAGGAGCUGGGUCCUACUCUGUUAAAGUCACUUCGGAGAGCACAGCAGUCAAGAUUUCGGUUGUACCGGCGGUUUUGAAUUUCAAAGAAGUUAACGAGAAGAAAUCGUAUACGGUGACGUUUACGGUGGACUCGUCUAAGGCGUCUGGAUCUAACAGCUUCGGGAGCAUUGAAUGGUCAGAUGGGAAACAUGUGGUGGCCAGUCCCGUGGCGGUUACCUGGACGUAGUGGUUAUGACAAAAUUAAUGGGCUUUAAUGGGAAGAAGAAAGUCACAGAUAUUGUAGUGCCGUUUAUAAGGGCUUUUGUUUAGCGAAAACGGGAUGCAGUCUUGGCUUAUCUAGUUUGUUUAUUGGAACUCUUGUCGUUGUGUUUUCUCUUUGCUAUUUGAAGAAAAGAAAUGUUCUCCGGCCACAAGGAACUGGGUUGGGUCUUUAGCUGUUUUAUCAUGUGACUUGAAUAUUUAAAUGGAAAGUAAAAAUGGUUGGAAGUUUGAGCUGUUAAUGUGUUAUGAC